GUUUCACAACAUGCAAACAGAGGCUGGAGCUUCUCUCUCUCUCUCUCUCUCUCUCUCGCUUCGUAUUCAAACGUACCAACAUUACCGGGACUUGGUCUUCUCCUUUUUGCAUUGUAUUGUAGAGAGUAAAAGGGUAUUCAAGGAGACGACCUGUAUAUCUUGAUGCAGAGGAUUUGAUUUUCUGCUGAACAUACUGCAUUAGGGUUGAACCAAUUUCCAAUGCUAAAUUUGGGUAGGGCAAGAGCUCAAUCAAGGUCUUCUAGAACCAUGCCUUUAGGAGGUAUGGAUUACGCUGAUCCCAAAAGGAAGAGCAAUUUUGUAGGAAAGAUUCUUUUGGCAGCUGCUCUUACAGCAUUAUGCAUUAUUAUGCUUAAGCAAUCACCAACAUUCAAUACCCCAAGCCCGUUUUCUCGGCGGGAACUAGGAGUAACCCAUGUUCUAGUUACUGGUGGUGCUGGUUAUAUUGGUUCUCAUGCUGCUUUGCGCCUUCUAAAGGAUUCAUACCGUGUGACCAUAGUGGACAACCUAUCACGGGGAAAUAUAGGUGCUGUCAAGGUUCUACAAGAAUUGUUCCCAGAACCUGGAAGGCUUCAAUUUAUUUAUGCUGACUUGGGUGACCCCAAAGCUGUUAAUAAAAUAUUUUCGGAAAAUGCAUUUGAUGCCGUGAUGCAUUUUGCAGCUGUUGCAUAUGUUGGGGAAAGCACCCUUGAUCCUCUUAAGUUAACAAAGCAAGGGUUAAUACUGCUUAACUUGAUUAGGUGCUAUGAAAUAGUACUAAUUAGUGGCAAAAUAAAUUUUCAGGUCCCAAUUAAUCCAUAUGGAAAAGCUAAGAAGAUGGCUGAAGACAUAAUUUUGGAUUUCUCAAAAAAUUCAGACAUGGCUGUUAUGAUCCUGAGAUACUUCAAUGUGAUUGGGUCAGAUCCUGAGGGUAGAUUGGGCGAAGCCCCCAGACCUGAACUACGUGAACAUGGUCGAAUUUCAGGUGCUUGUUUUGAUGCAGCUCGUGGUAUUAUUCCCGGGCUAAAGGUUAGAGGAACGGAUUAUAAAACUGCUGAUGGCACUUGCAUACGGGAUUACAUAGAUGUUACCGAUCUAGUUGAUGCUCACGUGAAAGCCCUCGAAAAGGCAAAACCUCAUAAAGUUGGAAUCUACAAUGUUGGCACCGGGCAAGGGAGGUCGGUAAAGGAGUUUGUAGAAGCAUGUAAGAAGGCUACUGGCACAAACAUCAAAGUUGAUUUCCUUCCCCGCCGACCUGGUGACUACGCUGAAGUUUUCAGCGACCCAACCAAGAUCAGGCGUGAGCUCAACUGGACUGCACAGCACGCCAAUCUUCAAGAAAGUCUGGAGAUUGCGUGGAGAUGGCAGAAAUCACAUCUUGAUGGGUACGGAUCGUCCUCACAGGUGGCUUCUUGAAAGUUUUACUUAUGGGGUUACAUCCUCCUUUGGGUAUGGACUCUCUCCGGUGAUGGCUUCGAGAGCAGUUUUCGCAGUAUUGCGUAGGACAGAACUAACUUAUACCCUUUGACGGCCUUGAUUCAAGUCGUAACUCCUCAUUCGAUCGUAUAGAAGAAAGGGUUUGAAGCGAUGAUUUUUUGGACUCUAAAAAUCAUAUCUUUUCUUGUAUUUAAUUUACGGGUAGGUUUAGCUAGUAGCCAUUCGUUUUAUAUAUGUAUUCAAACGGAUGAUGGUCUAAUAAUAUGAUUAUACCGCGCCAUAGGUAUCGCCUUCUACCACC